AAGACUAAGGAGUUAUUUAUUUUUAUUUGGCUAAUUAAAAACGUUAAUUAUAGAAAAUUAAGAUUCGGUGGCUGAUUUAGAAAAUAUUUCCUUUCUCAAUAUCUCGUCGACUCAAUAGAAGCUUCUAUCGUUUCCCUGAAGAAAAAGCUUUUAUCGUUUGCGUCUCCGAUGGCGUCUCACUGGAUCCCUGAAGAUGACUUUCGUCUCAGAAAAUCCAUCGAGAAUGGAGCUUCUCUAGAGUCACUAGCUAAAGGAGCAGUCAAGUUCUCUAGGAGAUUCACACUAUCAGAACUAAGAGAUCGAUGGCAUUCUCUUCUGUACAACCCUCAUGUCACAUCUCUAUCUUCAUCAGUCGCAUUCGACCACACGUACUCGGAUCGGUUUCUUCCACAAACUCAUCAUAACCAUCAUCACGGAACACCAGUCAGGUCUGAGUAUUACACGGCGUGUAAGAGGAGGCGUUUGGAGGAGAUGUAUCCUCUUAGUAACGUUGAUAACUGUGUCAUUAACGAAGAUCUUGAUCACGUUGCGUUUGGAGGAAACGCGUUCGAAGGCUCUGAGUAUUUCGACUUGGAGUUUGAUGCGGUUGAUUUGGCAAUCAUUCAUAACUCUUUCCCAGGUAUCAUGCCUCAAGAAGCUGAUGAUGAUGGAAUGGUGAAUCAGUUAUUCAACGAUUGUGAUGUUUCGGACACAACAACAACAGCAAAUGCAUUAGAACAGCUUUUGCUUCAAGAAGACUCUGAAGAUCCUAUGUUUCAAUCUUUCAACGAGACAACAUCAGUGUCACAUGACCAAGCGGAGACUUGGAUUGAUCCAGAGUAUUUGCCAAGCCAACCUGAGGAGUAUUGUCAUAGUGCUGAGCCAUCACCUGAUUGGGACCCGCAUCCAGAAGUCAUUAACGGUGUUAUCAUAUGCACUUUAAACAAAGAGUCUAAUGAGAUUCCAAAUAACGAUGAUAUUGACUUUACUAUGUACACACAGAAAGCUCGAAACCCGUCAUCAUCACUGAGGAAGCAUAUGAGACCACCUCCGUAUCCAAACAGAGGACCAUCAUCAUCGUCAUUACAAGCCAGAUGUAAUAAUGACAUGUUCCACAGUUCUGGUAAUGGAGAUAGUGUUGUUACAGAACAAGGAAGUUGUUCUAAUGCAUUCAAGGCUAGCUAUACCGAGAAAGCUACUUCUAGUUUUACUACAACUACUUCAACAUCACAACAACACUAUGAACAUACUUUGAGUUCAGAGAUGGAUAUAACUACUCCAAUGUUACAAGAAGAGGAAGACAACGAUGAAAUUGAGAGUGAUGAAGAUUUGCCUUCCUAUUCAGAUGUUGAAGCUAUGAUUCUUGGGAUGGACCUUGAACCAAUUGGUCAAGACCGGUACGAGUUGGAAGCGUCAAGAUAUCGAAACGAGGAAGUGGCGCGAAUGAUAAUGAGAUUAGAGCAGAGUUCUAAGUCUUACAUGAACCGUAACAUCACUUCUCAUGAAGCUUUUGCUAUGCUAUACGGAAGCUCCAAGCAUUACAUUAAUAAACCUGAGGUGUUACUUGGACGAGCGACUGGUGAAUAUCUAGUGGAUAUCGACUUAGCAAAGUCAGGGUCUUGGAAAAAAAUCUCUAGACGACAGGCUCUAAUCAAGUUGAAGAAAGAUGGGUGUUUUGUAAUCAAGAAUCUUGGGAAGUUUUCGAUAUGGAUAAACGAGAAAGAAGUUCAACAUGGAGAGAUUGUUAAUAUCAGUAACAAUAGCUUAAUCCAGAUACGAGAAAUGUCGUUCAUAUUCGAGACGAACGAGAAAGCAGUCAAAAGAUAUCUAGAUGGAAUUCACAAAUGAGAUUAUAUAUGUAUAGCUAUUACUCGUACUAGUAGAGACUUCUUUUUUGUUAAAUUAGUAGAGACUUUAUGUUAAAUACUUGUAUGAUCAUCAAAACAUAACACUUGAAUUUGAUCCAAUCAAAAGUUGGAUGAUUUAAAAAACUGGGGUCUUUUCGUUUGUUUUUUCGAAAAGUCAUCGUAAGAUAGUCAAUAAACAGUGAAAGAAAAGGUGAGAAGAACAAAAAUCGAAUCAAUUCGAUGAGGAUCUAUGAGUGCACUGAUGCAAAUAAUGGGCAGUGUAUACUAUAUAAAAUAAUGUGGGGCGUAUUCCUAUACUUUAAAUUAAUGAAAACUCCUAAAGUGGACCAAUAAAAUCAUUAAAUUCGCUUAAUAAAAAAUCAUGAAUCGCUGUUAAGAUUCGAUGGGUUUCAAUAUUGGCCCUCCCCACCUUCUGCCCAUACAGAUCCAACUAAUUCCCUUAUUUUAUUCUAAAUUUUAUAAAUACUUUAUCAAUGGUGUCAUGAACAUAGUUUUUUUUUUUGCUUAAAAGUCAUGAGCAUAGUUACAUCAAUAAAAGAGGAUCACUAUAAAUGAUUAUGAUGACAUAAUAAUGAAACUUAAUUUCGAUAUUUCUUUAGUCGAAAACACUAAUAGAUUAAUCUGAAUCAGAAAAAAUGAAGUGAAAGAAGAUGAGGUGGUGACCGUCGACAAAGAAAAAAAAGAAGAAGAUGAGGUGGUGACCGAGUCGAAAUCAAAGUGUAGAGUUUCGAACAACGUACGAGAGACACGACGGCCCAGCUAGCCACGUGCGGUCGCUCUUCUUCCCCACCCCUUCGUCCACCUUCAUUUGGGACUAACAUCAAAGUUUACGUUUUGAAAUUCAACGUUUUUAAAAAAAAGUCAAUAAUGAAUGAAUCAUUGACAUCAUGAACUACCUAAUUUCAGCAAGUUCUUAUGAUUUAUUAACAUCAUCUAGGCUUCUAAACAUAAUAUAAAUACAAAGAAAUUAUCUAUCUUCACCUAAUUUUAUUUGCCAUGAUCUUAUGAUAUUUAAAUGUUUUUAGCCUUUGUUCAAAAAAAAAAAAUGUUUUUAGCCAUGAUUAUCCUCUAGCUAGUUGCUAAAUAUAGAACAUGACACUAUGAACGUGGGGUCCAUUUUGUUCCCUAGCUCGCAUUCUCAAAGUUAUAACUAACCUAAAGUAAGCUUUGCUUCAGAGGCUGGUCACACGAGGCUACUAUGUAUUAUACUAUUAUGUGCUAUCUAUCAAAUAAAUAUCGAUUAUGCUAGUGGUUUACUUUUUUUUUUUUAGUUUUUCUUUAAACUAUUGGUGGUUAUGAAACAAUUUUUUUUUGAGAACGACAAGAUAGGUCGCAGACUCGCAGGGAAGAGUCUACAGGCUGAAGGGUAUUUUUACGUGGACUCAUAACAAAAUAGUAUGAGCUAGAUACAUGUAUUCUUGAAAUUGUACAUUUAAAAAAAACUUUUUUUGCAAUACCUAUGAUGAGGCUAUGACUAUACUUUCCGCCAAAAAAACAAACUACUAAUAUGAUACUUGCCAGGGUUAUCUAUAUUGGUUUAAAAUUCCUUUACGCAUACGCCUUUAGUUAAUUGUCCAAUCUUUUAUACGCUACUUUUGUGGAUUAGAAUUUAGGAAUGUACAAGAUAUGGUGCUACUAGAUUAUACUCCUGAUAAUUAAAGUAUUCGUUGUAAUCUUCAGUUACUGCUUGAUAGUGGGUCUAGAUUUUGAAACUUGUCCUUGGCAUCUAUACAAAGCAAUUAAUAUGGAUGCAGCCCUUUAAAGUUUUGUCUCCAGUUACAAGCUACAUUCCAUAUUUUCCUUUUUCACACUGAGAAUUAUUCCUAUCAAUUUUAUUAAUUAUAAAACUAGCUAGCCAAUUUGAGAAAAUAUUGAAAAUAUAGCAUUUUAUCAUUUAGUUCAUAUAAAUAUAUAUUAAUGAUGGAAUGAGAUUUUAGAACUCAAUAAAUAUAACAAAAUCAAAAGAUAACGAAAAUGUGAAAUCUAAAGUUUUCAUAAAAGAGCUGAAACAUAUUUGAUAUUUUUUUCUGUAAGGGAAACGUCCACCACUAGGCUAACCCUUCAUCACCGGUCAACUAUGUUGGAUACCCCUGCUUCACACCUUCAAGGAAAAGUUCUUCGGUGGCUUCAACCAUAAUCUGCCAAAACAAAGAUAACACAAAAACAUUGCAAACGUUUGGUAACAAGGUGACAUAUAUAUAGGCUACUCUUUAACAUAUAGCUGAAAUUGUAACUACGUUUGAUCUUUAUUCUCUGUUUGGACCUAUAGUGCAUGGCUGCAUAAGCUUUACUAUAAACAAAUAGAAUUUAAAUAACCAAAAUGCCAUUCGGCGAAAAUAACCAGAGUCGACCAAUCCGCCAAAACAAGGUAGCUUUGUAUUUUCUCCUUUAAAUAUUGGUUGAAUUUGAUGCUUUAAGGGGACACUUCCUGGAAAACAGCGUAGUAUUAUCUUCCAUAUAAACUACUAGAUGUUAUGAACAACGCACAUGCAGUGUUUCAAAUAUAUAUUCAAAAUAUAUUAUGUUGUUUGGUAAAUCUUAUAGUAUGCACAUGUGAUUAUAAAUCUGUUGGGAAUUGAAAACAUAAAAAAAACUGUUAGGAGUUUCAAUAUCUCUAGAAAAACAAUCAAUCCAUCCACUAUCAACGAGUUUUAGUUAAAAAUUCUAAAAAUUUAGUACACCAUUAAAAUUUGCAUACAUGCCUGCAAAAAGAAAAAAAAAUGAUUCGAUUCAAAAUUGGUUUGAUCAAUCAAAUUCAAAAUUAGAAUUUCAUAUUAAUAUUUAUGUAUCUUAGGUCUCGUAAUGUUAUGCUUCUAAUCUAAUAUAUUUAUCAUUUUGUUUAUGAAUGUAAUAUGAAGUUUAAUUAAUGGUUUGUGUUAAUAUUAUCAAUGUACCAUCUGGUCAGUUGGUUUGUAUUAAUGUUCUCAAUAUAUUAUACCUAGUCAGUCUAAUUUUUUUAAGAAAGUUUAUGUUCGCAAACAAUGUAAGCCAUUGAUUUAAUCUUGGAUGUUUAGCAGCGAGUGUCUCAUCAGUUUUGUUUAACUAUAUAAAGAGCUUUGUACAAAAAAAUUUGUCAAGUUGUCUAAACAUCUAUAAAGUUUGUUUGGUUAGAGUAGAGAUGUAAAAAACGUUAAAAGUAAUUUAGUGAAAAUGUGGAAUAAUUAGAAAAUAAAUGAUUUAGUUAUUGUACUGAGGGAAUUAUAACUUCGUUAUAAGUAAAAUUCUAGUAUUAAUUUGUUGAAGUGUCUCAUACACCAUUAAUUCAUUUAAUUACAUAGUUUUGUUUCUUCUUGAAGUUUGUAGUUUUGGAUGGGCAGAACUAACAUGGGCACCUACAC